UGUAUCCGUUCAGUAUCAAAAAGUUUCUGUAGCUAACACAACGUUCUUUAACAUGGAUCUCUACUAUCACCCGGGCUCGGCACCUUGCCGCUCCGUCAUUAUGACAGCCAAGGCACUGGGACUUGAACUUAACCUGAAGCAGCUGAAUAUCCCGGCGGGGGAUCAGCUGAAGCCCGAGUUUGUGAAGCUCAAUCCUCAGCACACAAUUCCCACGCUCGUGGACAACGGAUUCUCGGUGUGGGAGUCGCGAGCCAUCCUCAUUUAUCUGGUGGAGAAGUAUGGCAAGAAGGAUGACUCCCUCUAUCCCGCAGAUCCUCAGAAGCGAGCUGUGAUCAACCAACGCCUCUACUUCGACAUGGACCCUUUGUUCCAAUGCUUCUAUAAGGCCAUCUACCCGCAGAUACUGUCCAAAAAGCCAUCUCCUCCAGAGGAAAUGGAGAAAGUGGACAAGGCCUAUACGCUGCUGAACACCUUCCUGGAGGAGAAUGAGUUUGUGGCCGGCUCAAGUCUAACUGUGGCCGACAUUGCCAUUUUGGCCACUGUCUCCACCUUUGAAAUUGUGAACUUUGACUUUUCAAAGUAUCCGAAUGUGGCCAAGUGGUACGAGACUGCCAAGAAGGUGACACCCGGCUGGGAGCAGAACUGGGAGGGUAUAAUGAUCAUCAAAGCGUUCAUGGAUUCCAAUUCAAAGUGAAGCAUAGGUUAUUAUUAUACUGACAAAUAUACUCCAUUUAUUUAUUUCAUCAUAAUGAGUACUCGGGCACACUAACAA